GUAAGUCGGAUGGCCAAGCCAGAGGAGGUCCUGGUGGUGGAGAAUGAUCAGGGGGAGGUGGUCAGGGAGUUCAUGAAGGACACAGAUUCCAUCAAUCUCUACAAGAAUAUGAGGGAGACCCUUGUGUACCUGACUCACUUGGAUUAUGCGGACACAGAACGCAUAAUGACAGAGAAGCUUCACAACCAGGUAAAUGGUACUGAAUGGUCCUGGAAGAACCUCAACACACUGUGCUGGGCCAUUGGAUCCAUCAGUGGGGCUAUGCACGAGGAGGAUGAGAAGAGGUUCCUUGUUACUGUCAUUAAGGAUCUGCUGGGUCUCUGUGAGCAGAAGCGAGGAAAAGACAACAAGGCCAUCAUCGCCUCUAACAUCAUGUACAUUGUUGGCCAGUACCCUCGUUUUCUUAGAGCCCACUGGAAGUUCCUCAAAACUGUUGUGAACAAGCUCUUUGAGUUCAUGCAUGAGACCCAUGAUGGAGUUCAGGACAUGGCGUGCGACACCUUCAUUAAGAUUGCCCAGAAGUGUCGGCGCCACUUUAUCCAGGUGCAGGUGGGAGAGGUGAUGCCCUUCAUCGAUGAGAUCCUCAACAACAUUAACACGAUCAUCUGUGACCUUCAGCCUCAGCAGGUGCACACGUUUUAUGAGGCAGUAGGGUACAUGAUCGGGGCACAGACCGACCAGGCUGUUCAGGAGCACCUGAUAGAGAAAUAUAUGCUGCUGCCCAAUCAAGUGUGGGACAGUAUCAUCCAGCAGGCCACCAAGAACGUGGACAUCUUGAAGGACCCAGAAACCGUCAAACAGCUGGGCAGCAUUCUUAAGACCAAUGUCAGGGCCUGCAAGGCAGUGGGACACCCCUUUGUUAUCCAGCUGGGACGGAUUUACCUUGACAUGCUCAACGUGUACAAGUGCCUCAGCGAGAACAUCUCUGCUGCCAUUCAGACAAACGGUGAGAUGGUGACAAAGCAGCCACUGAUCCGGAGUAUGAGAACAGUGAAACGGGAGACUCUGAAGCUGAUCUCAGGCUGGGUCAGCCGAUCAAACGACCCACAGAUGGUUGGUGAGAACUUUGUUCCCCCCCUGCUGGAUGCCGUCCUCAUUGACUACCAACGCAAUGUCCCUGCCGCCCGUGAGCCUGAAGUCCUCAGCACCAUGGCAACUAUUGUCAACAAGCUGGGGGGGCACAUCACCAGCGAGAUACCCCAGAUCUUUGAUGCCGUCUUUGAGUGCACUCUAAACAUGAUCAACAAGAACUUUGAGGAGUAUCCAGAGCACAGGACCCACUUCUUCUACCUGCUCCAAGCUGUAAACUCGCACUGCUUCCCCGCAUUCCUUGCCAUCCCUCCAGCCCAGUUCAAACUAGUGCUGGACUCCAUCAUCUGGGCCUUUAAGCACACCAUGAGGAACGUGGCUGACACUGGUCUGCAGAUUCUGUACACCUUGCUGCAGAAUGUGGCCCAGGAGGAGGCAGCCGCUCAAAGUUUCUACCAGACGUAUUUCUGCGAUAUCCUGCAGCACAUUUUCUCUGUGGUCACUGACACAUCGCACACUGCUGGUGAGCUCACACACAAUUGAUGCCGUUCAGUUGUUUGAAUCUGCAGUCGUCCAAAUGAUAUUUAUACUUUCAAAAAAUGUUGGCGUCUGCUGUGCAGGUCAGAUGAACAUGUUUAUGUUAAAAUCAUUGGCUCGGAUCACAGUAAGGCUGUAGUAGUUCAGUACAACCUUUUAAAGGGACUAGUUUGAAAAAUGGAAGAUGCUCAGGUGAAGGUGUUUGUGACAGGGCUGUUCAGCUUAAACCAGGACAUUCCUGCCUUCAAGGAGCAUCUGAGGGACUUCCUCGUCCAGAUAAAGGAGUUUGCAGGUGAGGACACCUCGGACCUUUUUCUGGAGGAGAGGGAGGCUUCACUCCGACAGGCCCAGGAGGAGAAACACAAGAUCCAGAUGUCGGUGCCCGGCAUCCUGAAUCCUCACGAGAUCCCAGAGGAGAUGUGUGACUGAGCGCCUGCUCAGUCUAACUGUACAGUACUCCAAACUUAACCCUAACCACAGCAAACACAACAAAACCCAAGAGAGGCACUUGAGUGUGGUGGGAGGCCGUGGGCCAUCCCAUUGGAUGUUUGUUGACCAAAAUAAUGCCAAUACUCUGUAAAUGAUUACCGCAUCACCCUGUGGUCCUUUUUACAUGAUCUGCGUUUUCUAUGGAGACUUUUUGUGUAAUAACUUUCCAAAACUGUUAAUCUAGCUUACGUUCUGUUGGUCUCUGGCCCUUCUCAGACCUGCAUGAUGAAGUUAUAACGAUUAGGACAAGUUAACCAUGUUGUUUUGGAUCAGUUUCCGUCACUUCCCUGGUUCUGUUUCCUAGUUCUUCCCUCUUUCCCAUCUCUUUGUUUAUAUAUAGAUCUAUUCUACACCCAGUGUGGGCAGGGGAGGGCGGGGGUGUUGUGAAAAUCGGCCCAUGUGUUGAGUUGGCAUAGAAGCUUCUAGACCCGUGGUGUGACAGAAAGUGGUCUUUUAGAGGCGCACGCACCGCUUGUUUGGUGCCCCACGGCAUUGUGGGAGAAUGUGAAUCUAAUGGAAAAUGAAUGAAGGCUGAGAGACGCUGCUCGUGCAGCAGCAUCUUGUUGCUCAUGACUUUCUGCUUCACCCAAAAAACUGAGCUGCUGCUGCCAGCGUGAGGUUUUUCAGGGAAAGCAAAAGCGAAUAUGUGCAUAUCAUCCCAAUUGUAUAGCAUCUUUAAUACCAUGGGAACAUUUUUUUUUCCUCUUAUUCUGUUAUUUCUUUUUGUUGUGGGUGUGCGCGCGUGUGUGCUGUCGCCUAGUCGACAUCAGCGUUUUGUUUUCCUCUAAGAGGAUUGUUGCUCAUUUGUGAGCCUUCAUUAAUGGGAUGUUUUAAGGAAGUGGCGGAGGUAUUUAUGGGCUCUUUGGUUGGUUGCAUCUUUAUAACAACUCCUGUUUAACUCAGAUGGCUUUUGAUUUUGAAUUGUACUAAUUUAGAUUGUUUACCAUGCAGUAGUGCUUCAAGACACUACCUUUAGAGCAAAAUGAGAAAUAAACCUGGG